AUGACUGGUCCAGUUUCUUAUGUCGUGCUUGACGCUGCCUCUGCUCCCUAUGACUGCGAGAAGUUGGACCGGAUCCUUGGGGAAAGCGGAACUACCGUGAAAACCACCUUGGAUGAAUUGUACAGGGAAACACCUGUUCUCGGGGCUGCGGUGAAGUCGUUAGCCAUGGAGGAGGCCUCGGAGAUUUACAGUUCUGUUGAAGGCUCAGACAUGUCCCGAAAAGACGAGGCACUGCUGACUCGGCUGAGAAGGCGUUUCCUUUCAGACCAGGCAGAAAAGGGGGCUGGAAUGGUCGAGACCCGGUGGAAGACCAGCGCGAAUACACCGAAGUAUUUCGUCCGAUUAUUAGCUCAUGAAAAAAGAACGUAUAUCGGCAAGAGUGGAAUGUACAAGGUGGAGUUGGGAUCCUGCCAAUCGUGGGAAGUGCCGUUUGGGAAGAGCGUCUUGACAUUUGAACAAUGGGAUCUACCGAAUGAGUCCUUAUCGGCUGAUGAGCUGUUGCGAUUCAUCGUCGAAAACAGUCCGAUCAAGCUCGAGGUGAACAUUAACCAAGUGGUGGAUCCUGAUUGGCAGCAAUUUUACAGAGCAUUGCGAUUAGGCGAAGUUGAUAAGCUUGUACAGGACGCCGAAGACGACCAGAAGGAAGAAGCGGCCGAGGGUUACGCCAUAUUGAGUAAUUGUAUUAUUAAGCUGGUGAGCUUAACAGACAACUCAUAUUUCAGCUGCCCUUGCGCUACGUCCACCCCUCCUUCAACGGUUGCGUCAGCUUCAGCAACGUCAGCUUCAGCAACGUCAGCUUCAGCAACGUCAGCUUCAGCAACGUCAGCUUCAGCAACGUCAGCUUCCGAAUUGGUGGAGGUGGAGGAAGAGGCAGCGGGACUGUCUUCUUUCAGUCCGGGCUUUGUGCUCAGGACGAUCCGACACGAUGAACAACGACAGCUGCACCAGGCGCUGAGGACCAGAGGACUGCAACCGCCAGAGGCCGGCUCCUUUGUGGUCCUAAAGCUGACUGGCGCGGAACAAGUGGCCCGGCAUGUGGGGUUCUGUCUGUACCGCACGUUCGCAGUACCGCUUUGGUUCCACGAAAUUGUAGCCAAGCUGAAGCCAGGCACGAACUACCGCCUGAAAUUGGUGGGUCUUUCCACCGCCAUCGGGAACGCGCCCCUCGCGGAGACUCAGCCCCCCGCGGAGAUUCAGUACUACCCCUUGGCACAGGACUUCCGCCGUGUGCCUUUUACCCUGCGGCAGGACGGAGUUUGCACUAUCGAGUUGCCCGACGACGUAGCCAAGUUCGACGCAACGGGUCGUCUCGACCAUUGCAAGUGGCUGCCCAGCCUGAGUGGCACCGAUCAGGGUGACGAGGAGUUUGACUUGUCAUUUGUGGGCGAGUUGGCGAAGGAGGUGAAUCCGUGGGAGCAGUCGAUUUUGGAGGCGUUAAGUAACGCACGGGGUCUGCUGAAGCUUUGCUGGCGUCUCGGUGGUGCGGACAUGCCGCCGUUUGCACUUGAUGCCCCAGCUUGCCUCGGCCCAGCACAUUCGGCCCAGCAGGGGCCGUUUAUGGCCAAGGUUGCAGCGCAGGCCUUUGACUAUACGAGGCAUGUGCUCGCCAGAAAGUUGGAGGGAGACGAUCUAGAACGCCUCGAGGACCGCUACGGAGCGCCGGAACCCAUCUCAACAGACGUACCACCCACGGUCACAGCCUGCUACCCGUUGCUGUACCGGGAGUACUACAACUGGUCUGUUUUCUUACUUAUUACGUCCUGGGUCGCCACUAGCGGAUACGCCAAGGCAGCCAACAUCCAGGCCCUGGUUACUGAGAUGGACAAUGGUAUGCACAAGCAUGGCAUGCACAGAGAGGACCCCGGGGUGGACAAGGGGGAAGAUUUCGCCGUCUACCUGCGCUGUCAAAUAUAUCUAGCGCACUGCUACUUCCACCAGUCAGAGUACGAAAAGUGUAUAGCAGUCUGCAGAAUGAUUAAAAUAACAUACGCCAAAUAUCUACAUGGAGCGACCACACAAGGAGUUGAGCAGCUCUUCCAGCAAGCAUCGAAGAAACACACCCAAUCCAACAGCCAAAUGAAAGCAAUGUGCAGAAACAUGUUCGCGUAA